AUGGAGGAUACGGCUGCUAAGGUAGGCGGCGAGGGCGGCGUGGAGGUGGAGGUGGAGGAGGGUCCUCGGUUCCGGCGGGUGUGCGUGUUCUGCGGGAGCAGGUCCGGGAAGCGGAGCAGCUACCGGGACGCCGCCGUCGAGCUCGGCAAAGAGCUGGUCGCUCGUAAGAUGGAUCUGGUGUACGGAGGGGGCAGCCUGGGCCUCAUGGGGGAGGUCUCCGAGGCCGUCCACAGCGCCGGCGGCCAUGUCAUCGGCGUCAUACCCACCACUCUCAUGGGCAAGGAGAUCACCGGGGAGACGGUGGGUGAGGUAUUGGCGGUGUCGGGGAUGCACCAUCGCAAGGCGGAGAUGGCCCGCAACGCCGACGCCUUCAUCGCGCUCCCCGGCGGCUACGGCACCCUCGACGAGCUGCUCGAGGUCAUCUCCUGGGCGCAGCUCGGCAUCCACACAAAACCUGUGGGUCUUCUGAACGUGGAGGGGUACUACGACUUCCUGCUGGCCUUCGUCGACAAGGCGGUGGACGACGGCUUCAUCAGGCCCGCCCAGCGCCACAUCUUCGUCAGCGCACCCCACGCCAGGGACCUUGUAUACAAGCUCGAGGAGUACGCGCCGGUGGAGGAGGGUGACCAGGCGACGCCGAAGCUGCGGUGGGAGAUGGAGCAGGUCGGCUACAGCGCCACGCUCCUCGCCGAGGUUGCUCGUCGUUGAUCCAUUCUACAGCUACAAGAGUAGUACGGGAUCAGUUACUGGCCCGCUAGUAGUGGUUUAUUUAGUGGCACGUGACGAUUAGCUGCCAACACGUAUGGCGUGUAUGAACGGAGGAGGGAUUAUGA